CGAGCUGGCGACGCAAUCAUUAUACCGAGUAUGGGUCAAAGUCCCAAGGAUUUUGGACUUCACGGCCAUGGUCGCACACUUUUCGUUACGGAGCAAAUGCUGAAACUUUGAGAGGAUAUGCGUGGCGGCCAAGAGCGUACAUACAGACGAGUCCUGUCCGGUCCGAUAGGCGUUGGCAAGUCGUACCUCUCUUAUUUUCUCGCAGCAAAGGCGUAUGCUGAAAGAUGGCUCGUCCUCUACAUAUCAGAUGCAGGACUACUGGACACGAAAAGGGAGGGCGAGUCAGAACUGGAGGUGGUCAAGCGAUUCCUGGCACUCAACAAGGACAUUUUGACCGGCGCCGAGUUGGAGAUGCUUGUAAACGACUACGAUGGCACACAGAGCCUAUCAACGAACGCCAUUUGGGUAAUCUUCCGAACGCUACUUAUGACGAGGGAUCGAAAGACACUGUUGCUUGUUGACGAGCAUGGAAAAUUGUUCGAAAAAGAGCCUUACGUGCCGGUAAAGUUCAAGUCGCUGAAUCCUCUGUUGUCGUACCACUGGUGGGGAGAAGACGCCAAGGGGUCCCGGGUGAUUUUCACAGGCACCGCGCACGCCAAAUACGAAAUGACUAUCCUGGACGAAAGCUAUAGGCGAAGUCAGUGGUUUUUGUAGGACCCUUAUCAAGGAAUGUAUUCUCCAACCUGCUGGACACGUAUCCUCGCCUGAGAACACCAGCCAUCAGAAGAGAAGUGACAGAAAUCACGAACUGUGUGCCGCGGGAACUUGUGUAUCUGUCAGCUGACGCCGAGGAUCUCGACCCAAUCUCCAUGGACGACCUUCAAAAAUGG